AUGUUUUCACAGUUCUUCGGAGCCAAACCAAACCGAACGAGAGCUCUCGAACGACAUGUCCCUCCGCCCUACAUGCGCGAGGGGAAGUUUGAGAAACUUCCCGUAUACACUGCUUGUCCGUCUCCGUGUGCGGACGACCAGCCCAUAACACUCACUCGCUAUUUGUUUCUCUAUGGUUUCUUCUUUCCAAUAUUUUGGAUAGUUGGAGUCGCAAUAAUCUUCUCUCCACUUCGGCCCACUCCUGAAUGGGAGACUGGCAAGUCGGAAGAGGAGAGACAGAAAUUUCUUGCGGAGAUGCGUGUUUCGGAACUCAAAUGGGCGAAACGUUGUCUAUAUGCCAUGGUCGCACUUUUGGUUGUCAUUGUGGUGUUGGUGACCACCUUUGUAUUGGUGAGACGGUGA